UUUUCUCUCGCCCUGCAUAGAGGUGUGGUUGCAAGCGGCAGAGAACUCCCCACCCCCUAGGACUUUCACCGAGGUGGCCUCUUCCUGGCUCCGGUCUGAAGACAGACUGUCUGGAGGAGUCCCCCAAGACCGUUCCAACUGGUGAUGAGCGCCUAAGGAAGGCUUCUGCAACUAUUAGGAUGCUUGUCUGCACUCGGGGCCACCCAACUGCCGAGGAGCUCCGGGUCCAGAGCUCCGCCCUCCCCCGGGACCAGUGCUGAGCGUGGGCGCUCACCUGUGCAUGCCUGUGAGCAGGUGUGUGCUGCCGAGGGACUCGGCUCGCAACCUGGGGGGACACUCGAGUGAAUUAUGGGUGCUGCAGAGGCUGGAGCAAGAUUAUGACCUAGCUCGGGGGCGGAGUGGAUUAUUUUGUGAGUGUUCUGGCUGCCAGCCAUUGCUCUGCUGAGGGGAAAAAAAACCCCCACAUCUUCACAUAGCAGUAAAAUCACCUGUAUUGCUGGGGAGUGGAAAGUUAUCCUCUGCCGAUUUCGUCUCCAAAAAUGGCUCACGCUGCUGCUUCUAUCAAGAAAGUUAGAGAGGCUGAACUGGAUGAAAAGGAAAAAAAUCUGGACAGAGAGAGAAAAAAACAACGGAAAAUCCCCAGGGAUCGAAUGGAACGGAAAAGAAAGUCUGACAGCAAUGCCAGCUUCCUCCGCGCUGCCAGAGCAGGCAACCUGGACAAAGUUGUGGAGUAUCUGAAAGGGGGCAUUGACAUCAACACCUGCAAUCAGAAUGGACUCAAUGCUCUCCAUCUGGCCGCUAAGGAAGGCCACGUGGGCCUCGUGCAGGAGCUGCUGGGGAGAGGCUCCUCCGUGGACUCUGCCACCAAGAAGGGAAAUACUGCUCUUCACAUUGCAUCAUUGGCCGGACAAGCAGAAGUUGUCAAAGUUCUAGUUAAGGAAGGAGCCAAUAUCAAUGCACAGUCACAGAAUGGCUUCACUCCUUUGUACAUGGCUGCCCAGGAGAAUCACAUUGAUGUUGUUAAAUAUUUGCUAGAAAAUGGAGCUAACCAGAGUACUGCUACAGAGGACGGCUUUACUCCUCUGGCUGUGGCACUCCAGCAGGGACACAACCAGGCGGUGGCCAUCCUCUUGGAGAAUGACACCAAAGGAAAGGUGAGGCUGCCGGCUUUGCACAUUGCGGCUCGGAAAGAUGACACCAAGUCUGCCGCCCUCCUGCUUCAGAAUGAUCACAAUGCUGAUGUACAAUCCAAGAUGAUGGUGAACAGGACAACCGAGAGUGGCUUCACCCCUUUGCACAUAGCUGCACACUACGGGAAUGUAAAUGUGGCAACUCUUCUUCUAAACCGGGGAGCAGCUGUGGACUUCACCGCCAGGAAUGGAAUCACUCCCCUGCAUGUGGCUUCCAAACGGGGAAACACCAACAUGGUGAAGCUCCUUCUGGAUCGAGGUGGUCAGAUCGAUGCCAAAACUAGGGACGGGCUGACACCACUUCACUGUGCUGCACGAAGUGGACAUGACCAAGUGGUGGAGCUGCUGCUGGAACGAGGUGCUCCCUUGCUGGCUAGGACCAAGAAUGGCCUGUCUCCGCUUCACAUGGCUGCACAGGGGGACCACGUGGAAUGUGUGAAGCACCUGCUACAGCACAAGGCACCUGUUGAUGAUGUCACCCUGGAUUACCUGACGGCUCUUCAUGUUGCUGCACACUGUGGGCACUACCGUGUAACCAAACUCCUGCUGGACAAGAGAGCCAACCCAAAUGCAAGAGCCCUGAAUGGUUUUACUCCACUGCACAUUGCCUGCAAGAAAAACCGCAUCAAAGUCAUGGAACUGCUCGUGAAAUAUGGGGCUUCAAUCCAAGCUAUAACAGAGUCUGGCCUCACACCAAUACAUGUGGCUGCCUUCAUGGGCCACUUGAACAUUGUCCUCCUUCUGCUGCAGAACGGAGCCUCUCCAGAUGUCACUAACAUUCGUGGAGAGACAGCACUUCACAUGGCGGCCCGGGCUGGGCAGGUGGAAGUAGUCCGAUGUCUCCUGAGGAACGGUGCUCUUGUGGAUGCCAGAGCCAGGGAGGAACAGACGCCUUUACACAUUGCCUCCAGACUGGGUAAGACAGAAAUUGUCCAGCUGCUUCUACAACAUAUGGCUCAUCCAGAUGCAGCCACUACAAAUGGGUACACACCACUCCACAUCUCUGCUCGGGAAGGACAGGUAGACGUGGCCUCUGUCCUGCUGGAAGCUGGAGCAGCACACUCCUUAGCAACCAAGAAGGGCUUCACUCCCCUGCACGUAGCAGCCAAGUAUGGAAGCCUGGAUGUGGCAAAACUUCUCUUACAACGCCGUGCAGCCGCAGACUCAGCAGGGAAGAAUGGCCUUACCCCGCUCCAUGUUGCUGCUCAUUAUGACAACCAGAAGGUGGCGCUGUUGCUGCUGGAGAAGGGUGCUUCCCCUCAUGCCACUGCCAAGAAUGGCUACACACCUUUACACAUUGCUGCCAAGAAGAAUCAGAUGCAGAUAGCUUCCACGCUACUGAACUAUGGAGCUGAGACGAACACUGUGACGAAGCAAGGCGUCACUCCACUGCAUCUGGCCUCACAAGAGGGGCACACAGACAUGGUCACCUUGCUUCUGGAAAAGGGAGCCAAUAUCCACAUGUCAACCAAGAGUGGACUCACAUCCUUACACCUUGCAGCCCAAGAAGACAAAGUGAAUGUUGCCGACAUUCUCACCAAACAUGGGGCUGAUCGGGAUGCCUACACAAAGCUUGGUUACACACCUUUAAUCGUGGCCUGUCACUACGGAAAUGUGAAAAUGGUCAACUUUCUUCUGAAACAGGGAGCAAAUGUCAAUGCGAAAACCAAGAAUGGCUACACACCUUUGCACCAAGCUGCCCAGCAGGGCCACACACACAUCAUUAAUGUCCUGCUCCAGCAUGGGGCCAAGCCUAAUGCCACCACUGCGAAUGGUAACACGGCCCUGGCGAUUGCUAAGCGGCUGGGCUACAUCUCCGUGGUUGAUACCCUGAAGGUUGUGACUGAAGAGGUCACCACCACUACCACGACUAUCACGGAAAAACAUAAGCUAAAUGUUCCUGAGACGAUGACGGAGGUUCUUGAUGUUUCUGAUGAAGAGGCUCUUAAGCAGUUUGGUGACCACUUUAUUGAUGGGGAAGCACUUAGCGAUUCAGGUGACGACACAGUGACAGGUGACGGGGGAGAAUACCUCAGGCCAGAAGAUCUCAAGGAGCUUGGGGAUGACUCGCUGCCGAGCAGUCAGUUCCUGGACGGCAUGAACUACCUUCGGUACAGUCUGGAGGGAGGAAGAUCUGACAGUACCAUUCCCAGCCUCCGGUCCUUCAGUUCCGACAGGUCUCACACUCUGAGCCAUGCAUCGUACCUGAGGGACAGCGCCAUGAUUGAUGACACGGUUGUGAUCCCCAGCCACCAGGUGUCAGCGCUAGCCAAGGAGGCAGAAAGGAAUUCUUAUCGUCUGAGCUGGGGCACUGAGAACUUAGACAACGUGGCUCUUUCUUCCAGUCCUAUUCAUUCAGGCCGCGCCUCUCCAUGUCUUGAUCGUGACAACAGCAGGAGGUGCCUGCCCAAGAGGCCGUGUUUUCUAGUCAGUUUUAUGGUGGAUGCCCGUGGUGGUGCCAUGCGAGGAUGCAGACACAAUGGACUCAGGGUCAUUAUCCCACCUCGGAAAUGCACAGCCCCAACUCGAGUCACCUGCCGCCUUGUGAAACGCCAUAGACUGGCAACAAUGCCACCCAUGGUGGAAGGAGAGGGCCUGGCCAGCCGCCUGAUUGAAGUGGGACCUUCUGGAGCUCAGUUCCUUGGUAAACUUCACCUGCCAACGGCUCCUCCCCCACUUAAUGAGGGAGAAAGUUUGGUCAGCCGCAUCCUUCAGCUGGGGCCUCCUGGAACCAAAUUCCUUGGGCCUGUGAUCGUGGAGAUCCCUCACUUCGCCGCUCUUCGAGGAAAAGAGAGGGAGCUGGUGGUCCUGCGCAGUGAGAAUGGAGACAGCUGGAAAGAGCAUUUCUGUGAAUACACUGAGGAUGAACUGAAUGAAAUCCUUAAUGGCAUGGAUGAAGUGCUGGACAGUCCAGAAGACCUGGAAAAGAAACGAAUCUGCCGCAUCAUCACUCGUGACUUCCCACAGUACUUUGCAGUGGUAUCUCGCAUCAAACAGGACAGCAACCUGAUUGGCCCAGAGGGUGGAGUACUGAGCAGCACUGUGGUGUCCCAGGUGCAAGCUGUCUUUCCAGAGGGGGCACUCACCAAGCGCAUCCGUGUAGGCCUACAGGCUCAACCUAUGCAUAGCGAGUUGGUGAAGAAGAUCCUAGGCAACAAAGCAACCUUCAGCCCAAUAGUCACUUUGGAACCCAGGAGAAGAAAAUUCCACAAGCCGAUCACUAUGACAAUUCCUGUCCCCAAAGCUUCAAGUGAUGUCAUGCUAAAUGGUUUUGGGGGAGACGCACCAACCUUAAGAUUACUGUGCAGCAUAACAGGUGGAACUACCCCUGCCCAGUGGGAAGACAUCACAGGAACCACGCCACUAACAUUUGUCAAUGAGUGUGUUUCCUUUACAACCAACGUGUCCGCCAGGUUCUGGCUGAUAGACUGUCGACAGAUUCAGGAGUCUGUUGCCUUUGCAUCACAAGUGUAUAGAGAAAUUAUCUGUGUACCAUAUAUGGCCAAAUUUGUAGUGUUUGCCAAGUCACAUGACCCCAUUGAAGCCAGGUUGCGGUGUUUCUGUAUGACAGAUGACAAAGUAGAUAAAACCCUUGAACAACAAGAAAACUUCUCUGAGGUGGCCAGAAGCAGGGAUGUGGAGGUAUUAGAAGGAAAACCUAUUUAUGUUGAUUGUUUCGGCAACCUGGUACCACUAACCAAGAGUGGCCAACACCAUAUAUUCAGUUUUUUUGCAUUCAAAGAAAACAGACUUCCUCUCUUUGUCAAGGUACGUGACACAACCCAGGAACCUUGCGGGAGACUCUCAUUUAUGAAGGAACCCAAAUCCACAAGAGGACUGGUGCAUCAAGCUAUUUGCAACUUAAACAUCACCCUGCCGAUUUAUGCCAAGGAAUCGGAGUCAGAUCAAGAGCAGGAGGAAGAGAUCGGUAUGACAUCAGAGAAAAAUCCCCAAGAUGAGCAGGAGCGGAUGGAAGAAAGGCUGGCUUAUAUUGCUGAUCACCUUGGCUUCAGCUGGACAGAACUAGCAAGAGAACUGGAUUUCACUGAGGAGCAAAUUCACCAAAUUCGAAUUGAGAACCCCAACUCCCUUCAAGAUCAGAGCCAUGCACUGCUCAAGUACUGGUUGGAGAGGGAUGGGAAGCAUGCCACAGAUACUAUCCUCAUCGAAUGCCUCACCAAGAUCAACAGGAUGGACAUUGUACAUCUCCUGGAGACCAACACAGAGCCCCUCCAGGAGCGCAUGGGCCGCAGCUAUGCAGAAAUAGAGCAGACCAUUACACUGGACCACAGUGAAGGGUUUUCAGUACUUCCAGAGGAGCUCUGUGUUGCCAAGGAAAAGAAGGAGCAAGAGGCUUCCAAAGAAAGCGAGUCUAGCGACCACCCACCCAUGGUCUCUGAAGAAGACAUAUCUGUUGGUUAUUCCACAUUUCAGGACUGCAUCCCCAAAACUGAAGGGGACAGCCCAGCAGCAGCACUGUCUCCCCAAAUGCACCAGGAGCCAGUUCCACAAGACUUCUCAGGGAAAAUGCAUGACCAGCAGGAAUACUAUGUAACAACGCCAGGGGCAGAAGUGGAAGACACUCAAAAGGCCACAGCUGUUCCUGACUCUCUCUGUAAGACUCCUGAGGACAUUAGUACCCCUCCUGAGGAAGCAAAGCCUUGCCUCCAGACUCCAGUGACUAGUGAACAUCCUUCUCCAAUUGUGCAAGAACCUGAGGAGGCUCCUGAGCCCAAAGAGGAGAGUUCUCCAAGGAAAACCAGCUUGGUCAUAGUGGAGUCAACAGACGACCAGCCUCAGUCUUUUGAAAGAUUGGAUGGUGAUGCUGCUUUUCAAAAGGGAGAUGAUAUGCCUGACAUACCCCCAGAGACAGUCACAGAGGAAGAAUAUGUUGAUGAGAAUGGACACACUGUGGUGAAGAAGGUUACCCGGAAAAUCAUUAGGCGGUACGUAUCCUCCGAUGGCACAGAGAAAGAGGAGAUUACCAUGCAGGGAAUGCCACAGGAGCCAGUCAACAUCGAGGAUGGGGACAGCUAUUCCAAAGUGAUAAAGCGUGUCGUAUUGAAGAGUGACACCCAGCAGUCAGAGGUGACUUUGUCUGAACCCAGCAUUUUGUCCAGUACCUCACAGUUUCAGGCCGAACCAGUAGAAGGCCGUAGAGUCAGCAAAGUUGUUAAAACAACAAUGGUACAUGGAGAACGGAUGGAGAAGAGCCUGGGGGACUCUAGUUUAGCCACUGACCUUCCUUCAGCCAAAGAUGACUUUGAAGAGGACAACAAUGAGUAAAACCAGGACACAGAGGAGGGCUGUGGUGAAGGACCAGCAGGGAAAACACAUCAACUUGGAGCACCUGGAGGACGUUCCCGGAGCACUGGACCAAGACGACCUCCAGCGAGAUCUCCAGCAACUCCUUCGGCAUUUCUGCAAGGAGAACACAAAGCAAGAGGCCAAAUGAGGAGCUGCCCAGUUCUCACCAGAAACCACAAACCCACUUAAUAUGCAACUUCCCAUUUCCACGCAGGAGUGACUGAAGUGACCUAGUUACUGGGAUCCCGUGACAUUUCCACUCUCAGCAAACACACAGCAUCAACUUUUACUUCUCUCUCCCCGCUCCUCUCUAACUAUAAGCUAAUUUGUGACCAAAGAUAGCAUCCUUCAUUCUGGAUGCUGUAUCCACUAUUUUGAGCAUCCGUGCUAACCUGGGAACUGGCACCUCCAUCGUUUGCUUCUGCUCAAGCUCCAUGAAAAUCCAUUAAUCAGAAGAACUUCACCUGCAGACUUCUUCAAGUGACAGGGGAAUCCUUCCGAGGACAUCUAUGUAUAAUGUAUAUAGCCGAAAUUCUCAGACGAACAACAGAGCAAAAUUCAAACCACUGCCUGUCAUAAUUACACUGGGCAUCAUGGAAUAAAAGCCUCUAAAUAUUGCUGAACAAUGGUUAAUUACGAUAUUGCUAACACAAUCGAAUGGUGAUACAGUUCUACAGAAGGAACACUUCAGACCUAGACACGUCCUUAGAACUUCUAGAGUAGCCAUUGCUCCUUAAGCCGUUGGGAUCAUAAUGUUGAAGAAGAAUCCCAAGGAGCGGUCUCUAGUACUGGUCAGCCAUAGCCAUUGGCUCUCAAACUGCGACCCUGAGGGAAGGGGGAAGGGCUCAGAGGCAAGCAGAAGGAAACAGUGAGGUAUUUUGGUGCUAGAAGCUUCAGGGGUGGUGUUCUAGCACCUUCAGGUGUUUUUGACUUUGGACAUGUUGGCAGGGUAUUUUAAAAGCUAUAACUACUGUAGUUUUCCAGUGUUCAUUGCUGCUUUAGCAAACCAUGCUGUCUUACUGGUGGUACUUUCUUCUGGCCACUGCACUGUAGAUAAUUCAUUGGAAGCAAGAUUUAUGCACCACACAAAAGGUUAAAUGCUGUCACCAUGUUGGAGUGGUUUCUUUUCUUUUUAUUCCCCACUUCCAAAUUUAUCUUUCCUCUAAUACCUGCAUGUAGCAUUACACACACACACACACACACACACACACACACACAAACACACACACCCCCCUUCCUAUCACACUAAUGGUUUUCACUCUGAGUUUCUACUUUCUAGCCAUGUCUGCUCUUCAGCUUGAAGAUGAGAUUGAGAAAUCCUUGGAAAAUUUGGUUCUGAUUAUUUUUUUUUUUUUUGGUUUAUUUAUUUAAAACCCAGACACCCUUGGGAACUGAAGUGCAUUUGUGUGACUUUCUGUUUGUUUCAGAGAAGGGACAAUGACAGUCUGAGUGAUCCCCAUACCCUAUGUCUAAUCCCUCUAGUGAUUGAAGCUGUGUAGCAUUUUAACAUAUAUAUAUAAAUAUAUUCACAAAUAUAUUCAUAUAAACAGAUACGUUUUGAAUCAGUUAUUUGUUAAAGAAAGUAUAUUCAAUGAAGAUGAAAUUAAAAAGAAAGAAAGAAAAUGGUCUACCCUCCAGAGAUUGCAAUUUUUCCAGUCCUAUCUGGCCUUUUCCUGUGUGCAGAACUGACCCAUUGCUGGGAAUGUCAGACACAAACACGACAAAUAGUAGCACUUCAUCUUUUUAAGUAACAUUGCCAAGAGAAGAAUUUACCUGGGAGAGAGGUUUUCCAUCAGACAAAUCUCCUGAGACCCCAGUACUAGCACUUUCUGGGGAUUGUAUAGAAACAAAGUAUUCUUUGGCAUCCAAACUGAGAGAGAGAGGCAGGUGGCAGCCCUUUUUGAGAUACAUGGUGGCCAUCUUGUCAGACCUUCUAACCCGGAGCUCAUGAAAAGCCUUUCUGUUGUGUUAUUUGCAGUGCAGAUGAUGUCUGUGUGGCAACUUAAUGGUUCUUCACUUUUUUUCUUCAAUUUUGAUUUUUUUUUUUUUGCUGUGUUAUCAAAAACUUGAAUACUGUGAGAAGAAGUGAAUUUUCAGUUGAUGAAUCAGCAUCUUGUUCCCAUGGUGAUAACACUAAUUGAAUAUAUCUAUGAGGGCAUGUAUUAGUUAUUGGAAAACAAUACAACACUAACAAUACAUAGCUGCAAUGUUGUACAAUGGCUGAUUUAACUAAAUAAAAUGUAUAAGUGUUAAGUGU